AUGGCAGACAGCUCCAAAAGGGAAAAAAUAGCAGCCGCUAGGAAAAAACUGAAACAGUUUCAAUCAAAGACUGGCCGCACUCCCUCUAACUCUCCUGCCAAUCCCAAAUCAAAAAAGAGCAAGAAGGAAGAAGUGAAAGAGAACACAGUUAACGCAAACUGCGAUAAUAAAUCCACCCAUAACAAUUUGAUAAUACCUCUGGAACAAAGCAGUCCUACACUGAAACCCAAAGCUGACGACAGUAUUAUAGAAUCUCCAAUUAAGGGAGAUAACCUACAUAGUGACGUUUUGGAAUCCUCUGAACAUACCAACAGUAACGGAAACAGCUUAAUGAGUGAGCCUGAAUAUAGGGAAGAUCAGUCAUUAGAUUUACAGCAUAUCAGCAGAUUUGGAGAGACAAGCGGUCUGGGAAGACCAACUGCCUCCACAGAAAGCCUUCAGCAGUUGUCACGACAACUCAAUGGUCUAUUGCAAGAGUCCUCUGCCUUCAUGAACAGUUCUGAAGACCAGGAGACAUCUAGUCUCACAGAACUAGAGACUCGUAACAGAGAGCUGGCCUCACUGUUGGAGAAACAUGCACAGGCCAAUGAGCAGCUCAACUCUCAGGUCCAGCAGCUCAGAUCACAUUCCCAGAACCUGCAGGAUCAGCUCCUCCAGGAGAGGCAUGGAUUUGAGGAUCGCCUACGAAAAGAUCUCGGAUCACUCAAGGAACAGCUACAGGUUCAUAUUCAGACCAUUGGAAUCUUAGUUGCUGAGAAGACAGAGCUACAGUCUCAGCUCAACCAAUCAACAAAAGUCUCUGAGCAGCGAUUUGAGGAAAUAGAGGAGUUGACGGGUCGAUUAAAAGCUUCGCGUCAGAGAGUCGCUGACUUGGAGAGGAACCUGUCCACAACCAGCUCAUCAAGCUCACAGAAUGAAAAGACAGUUAAGGAACUCAGCAAGGAAGUGGAUAACUUGAAGUUAAGCCUUUAUAAAUCCAACAAAUCUCAAGAAGAAUUUAAACAAAAAACUUCAGAGUUGAAUGAGAAACUACAAUCAAAGGUUUCAGAAUGUUCAGCUUUAGAAAAAAAUGUUUUGGAACUGAAGAAGAAAUUGGAAAUGGUGGAAAUUUAUACAAAUCAGUUGAACAACCAGACUGAGAACAAGAGCCAGGAGUCAUUACAGAUUGUGGAACAACUACAACAUGAGCGGGAUGAACUUACAAAGAAAGUCUCCCAGUACAAUGAAGCAUUCCAGAAGGUGACAGCUGAGCGUGACCAGAUUUCUGACCAGUACCAGCAGUUCAUCAACGAGCUACAGAAGCAGUCCAAACAGCUCACGCAACAGGUAAAAUCACUGACUGAGGAGAGGGAAGAGAUGCUAACAAAACAACAUGACAUGGAGAGGAAAGUUCAACAGCUUCAGCGCCAACUAGAGGAUUACGAAGCUUCCCCACCCCCUGUCCCCAGUGAGGUGCCAAAUACUGAUUUGGAGCAGGAGCUGGAGAAGGCGCGGUCUGAGUAUGACGACCUGAUGCAGAGACAUGAGGCUCAGAUAAGGGACAAUGCCCAGCUCAGCAGGUUAUUGGCGGAGAUGGAGGAGCACAUGUCCGGCCUGCAGCAGCGUGUAGAGAACCUGGGGGAGGAGGCUGGGGACAAAGCCCAGCUCCUGGAGAACGUGCAGAGUGACAAGACAGCGCUAAGUCGUGCUAUCACCCAGAACAAGGAGCUUAAGUUCCAGCUGGCAGAGCUUCAGAAUGGCUUUGUUAAGAUGAGUAAUGACAACAUGGACAUGAUGACACGGCUGGAGUCUGAGAUCCACACGGGCAAGGAACUGGCUGCACGACUCGGUCACCAGGAGGACGAAUUGAAGGAGCUCAGGGAAGUGCUGUCUGAGAAGGAGAGGGAGCUAAAACACUUACAGAAUGUCACCCACCAAUCGCAGAAGGAGUCUUACCAGCAGGAGCAGUUAGCUGACCGGUUACGUCACUACGAGGCUCAAGCCCAACUCGUAGAGACCCUCCAGAGAGAGCUGCAGUCCUCACAGGAUAUGGUGAAUGCUCUGACCACUCAGAACAGUGAGCUAAGAACCAUGCUGAUCAAAGCCACAGAGACCAAAUCAAAGGGCGGAGACAACACGGACGAAGAGUCUUCCAGGAAAGAUGAUGUGAUUGACUCUCUGUCAGCGGCCAUCCACCAGCUGGAGUUGGAGAGGAAUCAGCUGAUGGAGCAGCUUAAGGAACACAGGAAUCUAUCUGACAACCUGAGUGUCAAGGUCAGCGACAUGGAGCAGGACAUUAACAGACUGAGUCAACCAGUGGAUACGGAGAAUGGCCAUGUUAAUAAUGUAGAUUAUGACAAUUUGCAAAAAGCUAUGCAACUUAUAGAGAUGAAGUACACAGCAGCGAUGAGGGACAAGGCUGACCUGUCAGACAAGGCAGAUCAGCUGGAGCAUCUGGUCACCCAGCUACAGGGGGAGACAGACACAAUAGGUGAAUACAUUUCGCUGUACCAUCACCAGAGGGCGCUGUUACAGCAGCGAGAACAGCAGAAAAAUGCUUACAUCAUCCAGCUGUCACAUGACAGAGAGGACCUUCAGGCAAAGCUUGGUCAGCUCCAAGCCUUAGUGAUGCAGAUGUUAGGAGAGAGGAACAUGCUACACAGUUACAACAUUGAAACUGACAAACACCAACAGCUAUUCAACCAUCCCCAUCAUCAUCACCAUCACCAUGGCAACCACGAGGCAACGCCUGUCGACCCAGCGAUACAGCCUCAUCUCUCAGGCCAGCAGCCAUUGAAGAAUGGCAAAAUGGACACAGAGGAAUGGCCGGACUAUUCCUCGUCCUCGGACAGUGGCAGUGAAGUAGAGGCUAUCGUGGCGGGUCGCGAUGACCUGUCCACAGUGUCCGCAAGUGGAAGUCUGGAAAACAACCACAGUCCACAACCUGUGAGCGAGACGCCCGCUAUUCCAAAUCAGAACAUGAACACUCAGAGUGCAACAACGCAGAAAGAUCCGACGGCAAAGCGCAUCCUGGAUUUACUGACAGAAAUAGGUCAUAAUAACCUGGUUGAAAAAUCCAGCCAAGUAGAACGGAAUUUCCAUCCGUGCAAAUACUGCACUGGCAGGUUGAUGACAGUGUGAGGUCAAAGUUCAAGGGGUCAAGACUGGAUAUCAAGGACAGACUUUCAUAUUGACAACAGUCUGAGGUCAAAGUUCAGAAGGUCAAGACCUGAUGUCUAGGACAGACUUUCACAUUAUUAGAGUAGUCCACAUCAAUCUGGGAAUCACCUCACUGGAAUGCAUUCUUGGGGCCAGAGGUGAAUGGUGCAGAGGUCAUGGGUCAUGACCUUUUGUGUAUGUGUGUACAUAAUAUAUCUAGGUUUCAUAAACCAAUCGCUUGCCUCCAUGUAGGCCUGACUUUCAAGAGGGAAAGUAACCAGGAAAUAUAAGUGUAUAUAUUUUUGUACCUGUACGAUCAAUAAUUGUGCUGAGUCAUUGUGUGAAAGAUGGAAAUAUUUUCUCAGAAGACUGUUUGGCAUUUUGCCCGGGCAGUUUUUGUGGGUUGAAAUUUCUAGCUGUAUGUGUUUGUUUUUGUGUUGACUGGGGAUGGUUGUCCAUGGAUUAACUAGAGAUAAUCUGGUGGCAUUUCAGUUUGUAGACAAACAGGUAGAUGUGGUUACACUGACAGGUACUGUGUGGUUUAUGUUUCUUACAACAGAUAACAACAACAGAUAAAUGUCUCCAAAAGGAAUCAGAUGACUGCAUCAUUUGCAGUCAUGAUGUAAAAUUCUCUGUGACUCUGCAAAAUUUUAAAAGGGAUGAUUGAAUUCACCGCAUGUUUGUUCAAAAAUUUUGCAUUGGCAAGAACACAUUGUACCUUAUGUAGUUACUAGUACCAACCUGCAUCCUGUGUGUUGAAACAUGUCGUCAAGUAAUGCAAGUUAAGGUGCACAUUCCAAAUACUGUAAAAUGGAGCAUAUAUGAAGUCAGAUUGCAUUGUCUAACCAUUAAACAUUAUCCUGUGAAAUGAGCAGAGGGUCAAAGGUUAAUAUAUUGCUGGAUUUUCAUGCUCAUUUAGGUACAGAUAUUAUAAACUGACUAAAUGCAAAAUGUGAAUGACUCUGCAGCUCUUCUUCAGGUGCAGUGGCGCCCUGUGUGAAAAUUCUACAUAUAAGGGAGAUAAUUGUGUUUGUAAUCAUAUUGCUCAAUCAUUGGGACCAUAUUAUUCACAAAACUUGACAGCACAGUAUCUUUUCUGUGAGGAAGUAUGUUGCAUUUUAUUACUUAGGUUGAAAUGGUUAGUUUUUGUGCCUGGAGUGGAGGUUAUUACUAGCCUAGUAGCAGUGGCACAGUGGCAGAUGACAACAUUAACUGCAGAGUUGUAGUGUUUGUGUGAUUUGAUAGAAGUGCUAUUAUAUGCAAAUGGGUAAGUAUCACUAGGCAAAGAUACCAUGCCUAACAACACAUGGAUGAAAUUAAGACAAGAUGUAGGGCAAGUAGACAUGUUAUGUACAAGAUCAAAAAAUCAGAAAUGAUAGAUUAUACAUGUAACUGUGUCGUAACUAUGCUUCAGGAGUUGUUUGUGUAUGACUUAGAAACUAAAAAUUGUUUCAGAAACGCUUAGAAUCAGAGCUUUUGAUGAAUGAUACAGCCCGCUUAGGAGCACAACAUGUUUAGGGCGUUUAGGAGCACAACAUGUUUAGAGCUAAUGUAAAAAAAUAGAAUCAAAUUUUUAUGUUCAAAUAAGACCUGGUCAGUGAGAGGUACUAGCUUCUCUGUUAUAUCAAAGAGCAAUAUUUUAUUCAUUUAUUAUUUGUGACUCUUGCACAAAAACAACUGUAGGUUAAGUUGUUUGUAACUCCCAUGGCAACGUGUGAUCUUAACAUGUGCUUACCCUGUGCAAGCAGCCCUUGACCUCUAAUAUGUGGGCAUUGAAACCAUUUCUGUGGUGUUAUGAUUGUAUUUAUUGUUUAAAGUAAAAGAUUUCUAAAAUAUGAAGUAAAGUUCAUCAUGAAGACAACUGAAAAGUAGGCAUAUAAAUAUUUUCAUUUAUUUUUUCAGAUUUUUUGGAGAGUGUUGAAAGGCAUUCAAAUAUUUGAAAACUGUGGUGGGUUUUAUGAGCCAUGCUGAUGGUGUAUUGGAACUCUGACGUCACAACACCUUUUUUCCUGAUGUUCACCAGAAGGGAGGAAUUUUUGGGGACAUUAUUUCAGUAAUCUUUCACUCGUGGGUGAAAAGAGUUAUUCCAACAUUCAGUGAUUAGAGUUGGAUAAACUUGCUGUGACUUCAGAGCUCCUAACCUCUGAUAGUAUGGUCCAUAAGGCCCACCUUAGAAAUCAAAUGUUUGAGCACCUUUAAUUCUUUUCACUAAAACCUCAAAAAAAAAACAAAAAAAAAAUGAAUUUAUGUUUACGCAAAUUUUUUAAGUGGUCUACUUAGUGAUGUGUACUUCAGUUUUUAGAGGUCUUUACCUUUAAAGAGCAGCCACCACAUAUCAGUUUUCCUGCAUGUUUAUUAUUAUGAGACCAAAUCUUUAGACACUAAUCAUACAAAGGUACAUUAAAUAAUGUGCAUGAAAUUAUAUUUAUUAACUGUAUUGUAUACAGUUCUGCUGUGUGUCUAGUGUACAUGUAGCUGACACAAAAAUGUUGGUAAGCUUCAUAAAUCAUAAACCAUGACAACUCUGUCUUUAGCUGAAGCUGGUGAAGAUGUCAAGAGAUCAAAUCUCUCUGUGGUGAUUUUGUCUCGCUUGCCGUAUUAUGCCAUUAUACAUGAGAUGCAGUUAAUUCAGUUACUUAGGGAUUUCAUUCACAAGUCAAAAAGUCACUUUGAAGACAGCCAUUUUCACCUCAUUCUUGGUCAGUUCUGCAUCAUCACUCCUUAGAGGGGGAAAAUGUGAUAACAUAAAGAUAGAAAUAGUACUAUUGUUUUCACCUCAAGAAAAAUGUUAUUUCAUUUAGUGUCUUGAAAUUGACAGAUUGAACUAUGUGGAAACGCCUUUAUUUUUUUUCUAUAUUCGUUAGAGUUGUUGAAUUGGAUCAGUCGAUGCAACAACAGAGAAAUCCCCCAAAUGGCAGGCAAGCUGCUGUUGUGCCAGACUGAUGUUGUAUGCUAAUCUGUGUAUGCUAAUUCUGUUGUCUUGGUCUUAUUUAUUUGUUGGAUGUUGUUUGUUGUGGCAGUCUUUUGCUUGUAGUUUGCUAAAAAAAAUUGAAAGAGAUCUACCACAAAAUAAAACAAAAAAUUUGUAAAAACUUGGUAUACUGGAUUUCUGAAAUUAGUUUGUAUUGGAGGUUUUCUUUCAGUUUGGUUUCGUUAUUUCGUUUGUAUGUUUUUUGUUGUCUUUGUUAUUUUCCGUCCUCCUGUAUUGAUGUUUUUUUUGGGUUGUGUGUUCUGUGCUCCUGUAGACCUACUGUUAGUGCUGUUAAUUUUUCCACUACCAUAGACCUGCUGUGUGGGCUAAUUUUUACACAAUUUUCAUCAAAAGAUAAUUCGUAAACUGCAUUCUCUGGAUUGCCUGCCAUGGGGAUUUAGAUGGUGAACUUUUCUCAAAACCGGACAACUUACACAGAUGCUGAGUACUGUAUUUAACAUGACCUGUAAUUUUAUGGAGUUGGUCACCUACUAAAUCGUUCUGCUGUUUGGACUGUGGUACAGAAGGGUGAUUAGUUGAUGAAGAAUGUUACAUCUGACUGUUGAUUAAAUAUAACUUUACAUAUAAUUGUUCACCAAAGUACUGAGAGUUGAUCCUAGACAUGUGCUUCUCUCAGGCCUUUUUUGGUGGUAUUGUAACUUCAGGUUAUACUGACGACUCCAUAUGUACAUGAAAGUUUUAAACAGAUGACUUUGAAUGGUUAGUUCAUCUUUGCGUUAUUCAUGGGAAAUAUCUGCAUAUAUAUUCUGUAAUGAAAUGAUUGAUAGCACCUUUCUCAUUAUAUACCCUACUUUUUGGCCUAUCCUGUAACAUGGUUGUCCGUGAGGUAAGGUAAUAUGUGCAUCUUAAAGCAGUUGUAUGUUAAAAAGCUGAUGGCAAAGAUGUAAGGUGUGAAAGAUAGAACGGAUGCUAUCAACUUAUUACAUUUAAAGUGUGCUGUAACUUUGAAGUCUAUUACAAAGAGAUUUACCUUCUAGAACAAGUGCUCUUUUCUCAGUUUCCUAUUUCACUUACGUGCAAAAAAGAAAAAAAUUACAAUGAAGAAAGGGUACAAAACUGCUGCUUUCAAAAAUGUUUAAGAAGCUGUAAAAUGAUUUUUCUAAAAAUAAUUUUGAUAGUUAAUGUUGGGCCUCACGGCACACAAAAGUUGUCUUAAUAGGUACACAAAGUCUGCUACAACUCCUCCCCUUCCUGUCAGGUUAAUUAUAGGCACAUCCCAUUUUUACACUGCCACACCCACUUUUACCUGAACUCCACCUUUGUUAUGUCACUGGAUAUAUGCGAUGGAAUAAAUGAAAAAGUAGAGUGAAAGCUUUAAAAACCAAGUUUUCACGUACUUGGUCAGGUGUGUUACAUAUAUGUACAUUGUAUAUUAUGCCUUACAUUAUGCAUUAUAUAAGGGUUGGGACAGAAAUAACCUGUAUUAUAUAUAACCAUUAUUAAUAUAAUAAUGAUAAUAAUAAUAAAUUUAUCUGACUUUGAGAGC